AUGUGGUCCGUGCUGGUAUCCCUGUGGCAUGCAGACGCCCUUGCAUGCGCCGUGGGACCUGCGCGGGAGACCACUGAAUCGCGGAGAAGGAUGCCGGGGCAGAAGCGUGACGGGUGCGGUUUGACAGAGCCUAUUGUCGGCAUUCAGAAGGCACAGAUAUCGGACGUUGCCCCGACAAUAUACUUGGAAUGCCCGGUGAACGGCUGCGAAUCGGUAGAGGUCGACUUAGACCCGUACGAUGUGGCAAGUAAUGCCGACGCUCCAAAGCUGUAUGCAUUGGUCUUUCCGCGUCCGAAUUUUGGCCAAAUGGUCCGGAUCCGCGGAUUCGUUGAGCAGGACAACGCGUUUGAGUGCAAAGAGCUCAUAACGGCACAAGAGGCGACGUGCACCGACGGCCUGAUAGAGACCACGCCUCGUAUGGCCCUCUUCCAGAACGGGCCUUGGCAGCUGGAGGAGAAGCAAGUCAGAUUACGGGAUAGGAAUGCGCAUCGUAAACCUUUGCAUCGGAAGGUUUAA